AUGCUAACCCCCGCCUCCAGCAACAUUACCUUCCACGCCGCCGCCCUGACUCGCACAGAGCGCAGCGAUCUGCGCAAGCAGCAGGGCCUGACCAUCUGGCUGACUGGCCUGUCCGCCUCGGGCAAGUCGACGCUGGCCGUCGAGCUGGAGCACCAGCUGCUGCGCGACCGUGGCGUGCACGCCUACCGCCUGGACGGCGAUAACAUUCGCUUCGGCCUGAACAAGGACCUGGGCUUCAGCGAGACUGACCGCAACGAGAACAUCCGCCGCAUCGCCGAGGUCGCCAAAUUGUUUGCCGACUCUUCCGCCAUCGCCAUCACCUCCUUCAUCUCGCCCUACCGCAAGGACCGCGAUACCGCCCGCCAGCUGCACGAGGUCCCCACCCCCGGUGAGGAGACCGGUCUGCCCUUCGUCGAGGUCCACGUCGAUGUCCCCGUCGAGGUGGCGGAGCAGCGUGACCCCAAGGGUCUGUACAAGAAGGCCCGUGAGGGUAUCAUCAAGGAGUUCACUGGCAUCAGUGCCCCCUACGAGGCGCCCGAGAAGCCCGAGGUGUACAUCAAGAACGUCGAUCUGGCCAUUCCCGAUGCUGUGAAGCAGAUCAUCGACUACCUCGACUCCAAGGGUUACCUGCCCCCCAAGCGGGAGUAA